GCGGGUUUGCUGAUGCUCAGAUUGGUGUGUUUGUGAUUGGCCACCUGAUGAGAUGCAUGUCAGCGAGCAAAGUUGCGUGCUUUUAAAGUGCUGCGGGCAGAGGGCAAUGCAUUCAGAACACUCGCAGCUGUUAGGAGACGAGACCGGAGAGCAGAGCCACGUCAAGCAGACCUUCCUCAAAUACAGAGAGAAAAAGAGAAGAAGAAGAAGAAGAAGGAGAAGAAGAAAGUGGAGAUAUGACUCUGUCAGCUGUGCAACAACUUUUUCUGCUGUGUUUAUUCAUUUGCUUUGGAUGUUGGAGCACAACAGAUGCCAGUCCUCUUGAUCAGUGGGAAGACGGCAUAGCGUUACAAAAGGUGCAAGGGAUCAGAAGUGAUGAUUUGAGUGGUGUGCUGCGGAGAGACCAGAAUGAGGAGCAGGUUCAGAAUGUCUUCAAAAGAUUCCUGUUUCAUUACUCCAAAGCACGCAACUCUGUUGGAGCUGUACAAAAAGAGUCUCAUUCAGUUCACCCUCUCAUGCGACUUUCACCAAAGCUUUCCCAGAGGAGAAAGAAGAAGGUGGUACUUUUGAAGAUUCGAGGUCUGCCAGAGGGGAUGUUGUAAAAGGGAAAAAAAGAAAAAUCUGAAAACAAACACACACCUAUCAGAAGAAGAGCAGCUGGCAGCUCCACCUGCGGACAUCACACUCAAAAUCAACUGAUGGACCACGCAACAACAUCUGUAACUUUUUUGUUAACAGAAACAAUUUGAUUGUACAGCUGGAAAAAAAACUGAAGUGUGUUGCUAAAGCUGCCGUGUGUCUUGUUGCUUCCAAAUGCAAAAAAAUAAAUAAAAAAUUGGUGUCACCGGAUGGGAACUGUCACCAAGCAAAUUUGGCAGAUUGUUACACAAGACAUGGGUAUCUAAAAGAAAACACAAAAUUGUCACCGAUCGCUGUGGCAAAGAGGUGAACUCACAUUUAAUUUACCAGAAUUAAAUGUACAUGUACAUUUUGUGACAUAAUUAUCAUGAAACGGUAUUAAAAAAAGUUAAAACUCGUCUGUGAUGCUUUUGUGAAGACGUAGUUGAUUACAGUUCAAUGUUUAUUCAAAUUACAAAACAGUGAUUGUAGUUUCCCCCUGCUGAAAUGUACUGUAGGAUGAUCAUAAUGUAGGUUUGACACUCUCCAGCAGCCCAGUGGCCUGUCCAAAUACAGGACUGAUCCCAGUAUAAGAGCGCCACCUACAUGGUUACAACACACAACGCACAUGCUGACAAAGGAGAAGCCGCCCCCUCUGCUCGGUUUUAAGGUCUUCGGAGUGUUUUCCAUGUAGCUGUCACAUGGCUUUUGUGGUUUGAAGUUACAGGUGUUUAAUUUUUUUUAAUCCUCAUCCUCUGAGUCACUGUCUUUUCGUGUA